AUGUAUCGAGAGGACUGUGGGAUUCUUUUCGAAGACCCCAUGUUGAACGAUCAACUGCUGUUCGAUUAUUCUCCCGCUGAAAGCCUUAUUAAUUUUGAGCUCCCGACGACCGCCGCCGAAGCCGAUGCGUGGCAGUUCAACGAUCUGGACUUCCACUGUGACGCCUUUGUAGGCGCUUUCAACGACAGUAGUAGAAGCAACUAUGGCCCCGAAGAAGGUUCAUCGGUUUUAUUUGAUUUUGCGGACUUGGACAAAAAUAUCAAUUUAGAUGCUUAUCUUUUGGACGCGUUGAAUAGUGAUAAAUGCUGUGACGAGCAACCCUGCGCGCCAGUUUCUCCCGUUAGUGGGGACUCGGAGCUGGGCAGGCUCUCCGUAUUAGGUAUCGACCUCGAAACUACAUAUCCCCAAGAUCUAGAAAGUAUAUACGACCACCAAAACAUUAGUGCCAAUACGGAGUCGACUGACCAGGAAGUGAAGGUCCAGUCUUGGGGGGAGCCUACGUACUGUCCGGAUUUAGGUGCGUUUCGGUGUCCAGUGCCGGAGUGCGGUAAACUAUAUGCGAAAGCGUCUCACGUUCGCGCGCAUUUGCGAAGACAUAGUGGUGAGAAGCCGUACAAAUGCACGUGGGGAGGGUGCAGUUGGCGAUUUGCGCGGUCCGACGAGCUCGCGCGGCAUCGACGAAGCCAUUCGGGCGACAAGCCCUACAGGUGCAGCGAAUGCAGCAAGAGAUUUGCACGCUCCGAUCAUCUGGCCAAACAUCGGCGCGUGCACGCGAGACGCGCCGCGGCCGCAGCGGUCGCCGCCAAACGCACUGCGACGCAUACGGCGCGAAGACGGCUAAUUUGA